UUAGCUUCCUUCCUCCUUAACUAUCUAUAUUUACGAACGGAAAGUGCAAGUUUACCAAUACUUACUUGUAUUAAAAAAAGGGGACAAGUUAACAAAAGCAGAAUAAAGUGAAUUGCCGAUUGUAAAUAAUAAAGAAAGGAUUCUCCCAGAGAUUUUCCACGAGUUAAAAAAAGGAUCCCAAAACUAAGCUUGCACUUUCGGCACGUUACACGAGAUUGCGACGACUUCAGUUCAGAGCUAGCGAGUAGUUCAGGUUUUGUAGCAUUGUUUCUGCUUUGGGUCAGCUAGUCGACUUCCAUCGUCACCCCAGAAAAGAUCUUCCUCGACGUAUAACCACCAGUCUAUCUCUCUCUUCCUUUUUAGCUGUUAUCAUCUCUGGAGAACAAGAUCGAGCAGAAGGUUGAGCUUUUAUUACACCUGAACAACGACGAACUAAUAAUAAUAAUAAUACGCAAGCCUUUUUUACCCGUUAUAAAUUCAUAAAAAUUACUCGUUUUUUGUUCAUUUUUACUUUUAUGGACAAAUUAUUGGAAGCAUAAUCACCACAUUUAUUUACAAUUUUAUGGAGACACAAUUUAUUUAAAGAGAGAGAAAGUGCAUGAAACUUGACACGCUACAAAGCCGAAUUUAAUUUUUUUAUGGUUUAAUUGUGAAUGUGUAUAAGUUAUUUAAUUAUUUGACUAAUUAAUCACAAUUCUUCCUUAAUUUGUGCUUAAUAUUUUUUUAAUCGUGCGACAAUUAUUAUUUAUCAGACACAGAUACUGCUUAAUUUAAUUACGACUUUAUUGUUUAUUUAUUUACUUUGCUAGUAAAAUUUUACCAAUGUGACCAAUGUGAACAGUUUUUGUUUUGUUUUAAAUUAUGGACAAAUACAAAUUUAAAGAGAAAAAUUAAUUCAAUUUCAAGAUUAAUGAAGCGGGAGGGAAGGAGGAAGUAAUUCUUGUAAGACCGGGUGUUGGACUGGAGAGAGGGUUUUUUAUUAUCGGUGAAAUUUAAUCCGAUUACGAUUUUCGUUGGAUUUCUACCAAAAAAACAACGAGCGAGUAAUAAAUUUGUCUAAAAUUCGGUAUUAUGAACUCGAAAUUCAUCGACUCCAUGCUUCCGAAAUAUGGUGGCGGUGAUUCCUCCGGGGUCGGGGGGAAUUCUGCCGUGAAUUACUCCUCCGCCAUGGCCGCGGCUGCCAGGAUGUAUCCGUACGUGUCGAUGGGUCAGCAAAGUCCGUUCGCUGCAGCCGCUGCAGCCGCCGCGGUGGCCGCAUCAGGUGGCCUGGGCGGAUUUGGUGGUCAUCUUGGUGCAGCAGCAAAUGCUGCUGCCGCAGGUCACAAUAGCGCCGCCACAGCGGCCGGUAUCACCCACUCGAUCGCGGCAGCAGCCCAGUUUUAUCAUCAGGCAGCCGUUGCAGCCUCGGGAGGAGAUCCGAUGGGUGGCCAGUGUCCGCAAGGGGGACAAGGACUUCCGGAUAUUCCAAGAUACCCGUGGAUGUCAAUCACAGAUCUUGACUGUUGGACAACCGGACCGAAUGGAUGCCCUCGACGCCGUGGCAGACAAACUUACACCCGUUUUCAGACUCUGGAAUUGGAAAAAGAAUUCCACUUUAAUCACUACCUUACCCGGCGGAGACGAAUUGAAAUUGCGCACGCACUCUGCCUAACUGAACGACAAAUCAAAAUCUGGUUUCAAAAUCGUAGAAUGAAAUUAAAAAAGGAACUCAGAGCCGUGAAAGAGAUUAACGAGCAGGCUCGCAGGGAAAGAGAGCAUGAUCAUGACGGUCCUACGAAACAUGGCAAAUCUUCAAAUCGCGAUAAAAAUGAGAAUCAUCGCAAUAAUGAUGACAGAGAUAAAAUGGAAAAAUCACACUCCAACGGCUCCAGCAAUGGGGGUGGUUCUUCCUCGUCAUCCUCCACCUCGUCAAAGGACAUCCCCAUCAUGAACAAUCGUCACUCCAAUCCGAGUGGCGUGGGGGGCAUGGAGAACGGAAAGAUGGGGUCAUUAAUGGGUCCUGGACCUUUACUUGGGGGAAUGAUGAUGGGAAAUGGGGGGGAUGCUUUGAUGGGAAUGGCUGGUUUGGGAAUGCUAUCUCACAACAAUAAAGGACUUCAACAUGGCAGCUCCGGCCCCGGAUCGAACGAUUCUCUCAUGAAGGAUGAAAGACUUUCUCCGAUAGAUUCGCCACCUCCAAAGUAAUUUGGAGGAGGGGGAAGAAGAAGAAAAAUCAUAACAAUUUGUCAUAAUAAUUUGUCGUCUCUCUGUUUCCCGAUUGAUUUUUCUUAUAUUAUUAUACAUAUUACUGCUCCUUUUUAUACAAUAAUAUACAAAAAAUUCAACACAUUAUACGUAAUGAACAGGCCUCUUCGUACUCUACUAUAUACAACAGGAUAGGUUAAUUAGACUAAAACAGUACAACUACAAGGUUUUGUAUUAAAAACGGGUGUAUGCAUAAUGUUUUUUUUCUGGUACAACUAUUAAUUUAUGAAUAAGUUGCAUAUCUAUUAUUAUUGUGCCAUUUUAUUUAAGGGAGUCGUAGCAAAAACAAAAAUAUGUAACAACAUUCUGUGAAUUCUUAUACCGUGCGAAUUUUGCCAAAAAAAGAUGAAGAUAGUUGGAUGGAAGUCUAAUUUUGGUUUAAAUUUACAUGAAUCCAGUGUGUGGUCGUUGGCGUAUGUGUGUGCAAUAGGAUUUACAUAAAAUACGAUUAUUAUUAAUAGAGAGUAAUGAUAAGCUUUCCUAAAAAAAUAACAAUGUGAAAUUGAUAUUCGUAAAAAAUACUUUUGGUACAAGACUAAGAAAAAUGAAGGAAUCAAACAGAAACCAUUACACAAAUUGAAACGAAUAUACGUAUGCAAAUAUUAUGCUCCGACAAAAAAAACUGAAUGGUAAACCUUGAUAUUCGUAAAAAUCCAGUCAUUCGUCAACCAUGAUAUUAACGUAUUAAAGGUAUUUUAUAGGCUAAAAUUGAUAAAAAAUAAAUAUACUCUUCUUUUUCCUAAGAAAAAAAUUAUGGAUAAUUUUAACCACUGUGUAAAAGCAGCAGUUCGUAAAUGAGCAAGAGUAAAAGUCCACAGAAAUAAAAAUGUCAUGUAAAAAAAACUUCAAGAGAGAAGAAAUCAAAGUCAACCAAUAAACAGAUACAUAGAAGCAAACAACAUUUAGCAAUCCGUAUUAAAAUAUAUUAAUAUUUGGGGUAAAUUUUACCAAAUAUAUACGUACUAAAUUUAAAAACUGUAAUAACCUAGUGUGCAAUAAUACAUAUUUAUAAUUACGAGAAAUUUAAUAUUCACGAACAAAAUAUUUGUAGAAAUCUGUUUCUUUCCUAUUUAUGUACUUUCUCUUUUCUUCUUCAUACCGACAAAAACCAUGCAAAUUUUAAGUAUGUACGUGCAGAAUAACAUUUAUCAAUCAUAAACACCAAAAGUAAAGGUAAAAAAAUCUUUAAAAUAAUAUGAAUCAAUUUGAUAAUCAGUUUCACUUUUACUUUAAAUAGUCAUACUAAAAAUAAAAGUACACAUUUACAUCACUCACUUUAGAAACAUACUACUCAUGAUAUACGAAGAUUCAACUAAAAAUGUCUUGACACGAGGACUUAGGAAAUUUUAGACAUGUUUCAUAACAUAAUAAAAAGAACGGAAUUAGGCUAAUAAAAAUACUAACAAUUAAAUAUUUACAUACAUGAAGGACAGAUUUUCAAUUUGGGAGUGAAAUUUAUGUAUCGACUCUUACUUUUGCUUUCACUUUGCUUGACUAAUCACAACAGAUUAUUUAUAAAUAGAAAAUAGUUUAGAGCCGAAUUACAUUUCCAACAAAAACCUAAGAAUAUUCAUACAAUCCGUUGUGAAUCCGGGCUGCAAUCAUUAAAUUAAAUAAUACAAUUCAUCUUUGUUACAACAAUCAAUUAAUUAUUGAAGAGGCGGAAAAAGCUUUAAUUGUCACAGUAUUUUCAUUAUUAUUAUUAUUGUCGUUCUUAUUGUCUCAAGCAGGUUUAAUAAAUAAUAAUUAGUUGUAUAUAAUAUGUAAGAGCUACAAGCAAAUGUAAGCUUUAUCUGCUACGUGUAUCAUCAUAUGGAUAAUUUUAUAAUGUUAAUUAAUAUGUUAAUUGUUUAAUUAUGCACCCGCCGCAUAAUACAAUAAUAUUAAUCAACCUCUCAGCAAUCGAAUUAUUAUCCUUUGCAUUUAAUUACAAUGUAGCUAUUUACAUAUUUAUCCGUUACAAAUAAAUACUCAUUUUGUUUAUUUAACCACCGACCUUAACGAGGUCAGCGUAUGCUUUAAUAAGUUGUAAUGUUAUUUAGGUAAAUAUUAAUUGUAGGUUGACGUUUUACGCUCAUGAUCAGCAAUUUUUAUUAGAAGUUAGCAUUAUUUAUGGAUACAUGUUACUUCCAAUCCUACUCCCAAUAUUGUGGAUAUGCAUAGAUUUUAGCGAAUAAUUGUAAAAAUAAAACUGAGAAAUUCGUAAUUAUUGUAAUGUUUAAGAGGAGGAAUACGUAGUUUUGUAAAAAAAAACGUAGAUAAUUUUAGAAUAGCAUUUAAUUAACAACUCAGUGACAACAUGAUGAUGAAGAGUUUGUUGUCAGCAUCUCAUUCAGUGAACCGAUAUACGUACUAAAUAUAAGGUUUUAAUUAAUUACGAAUAAAAAAUGUACUAUGAAAUAUUUAGGCUGCUUUCUCCUGCAUAUGUAAAAAUCAUUCAAGUUAACUUUGAUUUGACAAGAACUCAUUAAUUGUUAGGAAUUUUAGUUUUAGAAAUUUUGAAGAUGACAAAUUCGUCAUUUGACAUGUGUGGUUAUUAGUGGUUUUGUUACAUGAAUUGAUUUUGACUGUUUUUUUUUCUCUCUCAGCUUUCAUUGUUAGUAAUUUAGAAUGAUAUUCUUAAUGAUAGCGUGUUGGUUGGAUGAUUAAAAGUUAAGGAUGCAUUAAGUAACCAAUUAACUUAUGGAUAUAGAAAAGAAAAUGGAGGAAUACAUACGUAAUGUGCCGACUUCUUUCAAUGUGUGAAUAAAGAAUGUUGAGUUAUAA